AGUUGACAUUUACAUUCUGUCGCUCCUCCCUGGAAGUAGGCAGCAACCAGCUCUUUCUCUUGUAGCAAACUUUUCACUCGCUGUGUUUGUUCAUGUAAGCCGCCUUUCCUUGAGGAUAUUAUUUCACUUGUCUUCGACGUGUUUAUUCGUUUUUUGUGAGGGCUAAAGUUUUGCGAAAAAGAAGGGGAUACACUCCAAGGCAAGAGCCGGAGAAGAAGACGAAACCUGGAGGAGGAAAAGGGCGUUCAUACUAAAAAGUCAAUAUGGAAGUUCCUGGUAUGCAGAGUGCUCACAUUGAUCCAGAAGAGCUGUUCACUAAACUGGAUCGUAUUGGAAAGGGAUCCUUUGGAGAGGUCUUCAAAGGUAUCAAUAACCGCACUCAAAGUGUUGUCGCCAUUAAGACGAUUGACCUGGAGGAAGCCGAAGAUGAGAUCGAGGAUAUCCAGCAGGAAAUCACGGUGCUCAGUCAGUGCGACAGUCCAUUCAUCACCAAGUACUAUGGCUCCUACCUGAAAGGCAGUAAAUUAUGGAUCAUCAUGGAGUACCUUGGUGGAGGUUCAGCACUUGAUUUGCUACGGGCAGGUCCAUUUGAGGAGUCUCAGAUUGCCACCAUGCUGAAAGAGAUCCUGAAGGGGCUUGACUACUUGCACUCGGAAAAGAAGAUCCACAGAGACAUUAAAGCUGCCAACGUACUGCUGUCGGAGCAUGGCCAAGUAAAGCUGGCGGACUUCGGAGUGGCUGGUCAGCUGACGGACACACAGAUCAAGAGGGAAACCUUUGUGGGAACGCCGUUCUGGAUGGCUCCCGAGGUCAUCCAGCAGUCUGCCUAUGACUCCAAGGCGGACAUUUGGUCACUGGGCAUCACUGCCAUCGAACUCGCCAAGGGUGAACCUCCGAACUCUGAUAUGCACCCCAUGCGAGUCCUCUUCCACAUCCCCAAAUCUCCUCCACCAACACUGAUGGGAGAUUUCUCCAAAAGCUUCAAAGAGUUCACUGAGGCCUGCCUCAACAAGGACCCAGGCUUUCGUCCCACAGCCAAAGAGCUGCUCAAACACAAGUUCAUAGUCAAACACUGUAAGAAGACGUCCUACCUAAGCGAGCUGAUUGACAGGUACAGGCGGUGGAAGGAGGAGGAACACAGCGACAACAGCUCUGAAGAUUCUGAUGGUGAAUCCAGUAAUAAAGAGAACAACGAGUCACCCGAGUGGUCCUUUACCACUGUCCGUAAGAAGAAGACAGAAGGCCGGAAGGUCCUCAAUGGAACGAGUCCGGAUCGGCUGAGUAAAUCUGCCAGUCUGGUCACAGUCAUCUCUCCUGUUUUCACUGAGCUGAAACAGCAGCACAAGGAGCACUCUGAGCAGCGAUUGGCCAUCGAGGAGCUUGAACGCAACAUCCGAUUAGCUGAAGAAGUCUGUCCAGGCAUCAUGGACAGGAUGGUCACACACAUUAUUGCCAGGUACCACAAAUUCUCAACAAAGUGAAGAAUGGAUCAAUGGAACCCCAGGAAGUUUCCACACGGUGGCGCUGGAGGUAGAAAACAGAGAUGCUUUGCUGUGCAAUGUCUCCUGCUGUACACACACACUUCAACACUCAACAUACACUUAGACACUACUACUAUAAUAUAUGUGUAUAUAUAAAACCACUAUGUAUCUGAAUGAACUGAGAUUUUGAAAAUUCAAUGACUUCAAUGACUUUUACUUUGCCCAACUUUUGGAUAGUAAACCAUUUAUUUUAUUUCAUCUCAUUUCUGUGUGUACCCAUGUUGUUUGACAUCAGUUGAGACAGAUUAUAUGGCAAUAUAUUGUUGUCUUUCGUAAUGCUUUUUAAUUACAGUUCCCUCAUCCAAGAAUUCAGUCAGGUCAGGUCCUACCCCUCAAAGGCAACAGGUAGUGCAAUAAGUUUACAGCAGUGGAGAUUCCUCAUUGAUUUGUAAGUCUAAUAUCUUUAAUGUGAUAAAACAAGUCACUAUAAAAUUGCAACAAAUUGUGGAAUUUGUGAAACUGCUGUGAAACUAUGUCCCAUGGUUAGGGUUACUCAUUUUUGAAUUUGUACUAACAGAAUUUAGAUGGGCCCAUCAGCUAGUUUCCUGCUAACUAGCAAGCGAUCCAGCAAGCUAUUGUUGAAGUUGCCUGAUGUAAAUGCCAGAAUUAAAGUUGGUUAAAAUGGAUGCCAUUUAAAUUUGAUAGAUGUUUGUAACAAAACAAUGGUAGAACCUGAAAUUCUGGGUUUUGUGUUAUUCAGAAAGGCUUCAUAUAAGAUUUCAGAGAUGGAACGCUGUGCAUGCAAGACCUCCACUCAUGGGAAGUGUGCUAGUCUGUUUGCAAAAAGUUUGUGAAAUCUUAGAUGUAAACAGUUUUUUGUUGUUGUUGUUUUGUUUUUUUAAUACAACACUGGAUUGAGGCGAGGGAGUGAAGGGAACUGUAAUAAAUGAUUUGUACCAAAGACACCAUAAUACUAUUACACACUAUCAUGGUCACUGUAUAUUUUUGUGUUUUUAUAAAUCAUAAGGGAUACAACAGUGAUUUUUUUUUGAGGGGAGAAAUGUAAAAUGAAAAAUAGAUUU